GUGAAAAGGCCCCGACGCGGUCGCUCUUUCUCUUCCCCUCCUGUCAGUGACGUCUUCCAUCCUUGUCUAAUUAGGAAAUUUGUUACGAUCGACCAUGAGCGAAAAAGCACGUCUAAAAUGUACCGUCUACGUGGGGGGCCUUGACCAGGCCGUGACGAUGCAGACGCUGGCCGAGGCAUUCGUUCCUUUUGGUGAAGUGGUUGAUAUUACGCUCCCCAAACCCGAUCUCCCGAACUCCAACGAGCUCCACCGCGGUUUUGGAUAUGUGGAGUUUGAUCUGCCCGAAGAUGCGAAAGAGGCGAUCGACAACAUGGAUGGAAGCGAACUAUAUGGCCGGACAAUCAAGGUUGCUGCUGCUAAGCCGCAGAAGGACAGCAACGAAGGACUCGGCAGCAAGACGGCUAUCUGGGAACAGGAGGGGUACUUGGCCAAAUAUGCUGUCGACGAGGAAGACAAAUUGGCUGCCGAGGGGGGCGAGAUCGACGGAGCCGAACGUCAAGAUCCCAUGCAAGGACUCGAGGAACUGGACGUGGCCGGACCAAAGCCGGAAUGA